CACAAUUCUCUCUAGCUCAUUAUGGGAUCCGACCAUAUCAGUUCGAAUUCCUACUACUAGAACAACAACAGUACUAAACGGCGAGCAAAAUCACCUUUCAACUCUACUCAGUUUAGAUAAGCGCUCAUAUAGAGGUCAGAAACAAAAGCGAAAAGUCCUCACAAUUACAUUCGCGCGAAGUGAUAAGAGAGUUUUUAUUGAAUAUGGAUAAUUUUCAAUUGAAUGUUUUCAAAUAAUUGUGCAUGUCGCAAAUGAAUAAGCGCCUUUCAGAGAGGACAUGACAAGCCGCAAAGAGAACUACAAAGAUUUAGCUGUUUUUAAGCAGCAACCAAAAAAAGCGGCAGCGGAUAGAGUAGAUGUGCAAGUUUUAGAGACCAUUACUGAUCAAGGCAUCCUAGAUCCAGAUGAUCUUGUCUGCGAUGUUUUGGAUGAUAGAGACAAGCUGAAUGCAGUAUAUGAAGAGUCUCCCACUACAAAGCAAUCCUGUAAUGGAGAAGACAGACUUAAUGACAUUUCUAAUUCUGAUUUAUUUAACAAUGAGACAAAUACUGUGAGAACCAUCAACCAGAACAACAGAGUGUCACCUGAAACUAUUAGAGAUGAAAAUCACAAUAAUCGUGCAUUGCCAAAACUAAUAACAAGUGAUCCUAAAGUAAAACUAAAACCCAGCCCUCCACCUGUGGCACCUAGACCCCCAAACACAAAGAAAAAGGAGCAACCUGUCUCUGUGUCUACAUCAGAAAGCCCUUCAGAGGAAGAUUCUGGGAUAUCUAUCGAUGUGCGUGCUCGUAUGGAAUUGGACUCUGUUAACUCUGAGAGCAAUGAGGUUAUUGCAACUCCAAGAGUUCUACCUACAGGAGAGACUGCAUUUGUGGCAAUCGGAACUCCAAUGAAAAAAAAUAAGACUUUCGAUUUUAAUGAGAACCACCCUGAAGACAUGCUCAAAGAAUCCUCUUGUGAUUUUGAGCACAAGGAUGAUGAUUUGGAUGCCUUUACACUAGGAAGGAACUCAGCUCGUCAGAGCAUGUUUGUUGAUAACCCUGUUCUUGAUCGCUGGGCAGAGUUACAAGAGGAGCGUCAAAAAGAUCAGCUAAGAUCAUCUGGGAGAUAUCAACCUCAGGCCACUGUCAGUUUACCUAGGAAAGAACAAUUAAAUGAUUUUCCAUCAUAUCAUCAUCAACAGUAUCCACAUGAGCGAGAGCGCACAAAUUCCUACAGUAGUGAUGACAGUUCUGAUGAUGUUAUAAUGAUUGAGCUGCAUCCUGACAAUGAAGAUGACCUUGGCUUUACUGUCAAACCUUACAAAACUGCUGAUGGCAGGGAAAUAGGGCUAAUAGUGCGGGAAAUAGCUCCUGGGAAAUGUGCAUCGAGAAAUGGGAAACUACAGGUCGCUGAUAGAAUACUAGAGGUCAAUGGCCAGAAUCUAAUGGAUCUCUCCAAUUCAAGAGCUCAAGAGGUGUUUGACUCUGCAAUCCGUUCACCAGUUAUCAAGCUUGCCGUAUCAGCGUCCUCAUCAUUUGUGUCAGGCAACACAAAGAAACCCACUAAACAUGACAAACCUCCCUCUGCCAGUUUUCAACCAGAACCUGUUGUAAUAAAAGCUGUUUACAAAGACAAAGAAAAAGCAAGUAUGACAAAACCAGAAAUUCCUCAAAAUUUUGGUCUUCCUAGAAGUCCAGUUAGUCCAGGAAUACCCAGAAGCCCAGGUUUUCCCAAGAGUCCAAGAAGUCCUGAUGGUAUUGAGCCACCACCUGGAUUCAGAGAUAACAGCCAGGCAGGCGCACCUCCACCAAUGUUAAGCAGCAAGGUGGUUAGCAAGAGGAUGUUGCUAGAGCUGAAUAAAGGUGGUGAUGGUUUAGGGUUCAGUAUAACAACCAGAGAUAAUCCUGCUGGCGGCCACACCCCCAUAUUUGUCAAGAGUAUUCUUGCUAAAGGUGCAGCCAUCGAGGAUGGUCGGUUAAGAGGUGGUGACCAGAUUAUCGAGGUGAAUGGGAUGCCAAUGACAGGCAAGAAUCAGGGGGAGGCAGUGAACAUCUUGCGGAGUACAGAGGGCGUGGUAAAGCUUCUGAUUCAGCGAGAGGAGCUGGUGCAAUCACCCACCAAGCCUGCCAUUGAGCUUAACGAGGACAGCACCCGUUAUCUGCGAGAGCAAGGGAAACAGGUGCUCACCUUCAAGAUUCCACUUAACAUGUCCGGUGCAGCAGGCCUAGGCGUUAGCGUCAAGGGCAAGGUUUCGGACACUGACAGUGGAAGGGACAGCCCUAUAGACAUGGGCAUCUUCGUCAAGUCUGUUAUCGCAGGUGGAGCCGCUUUUAAGGACGGUCGGCUCAAAGCCGAAGACCAGCUUUUGAGCGUGAACAAUGUUUCCUUCAUGGGGUUGACCAACACAGAGGCGAUAGAUGGCUUACGUCGCGCCAUGCAGAACACAAGACUCGGACAGGCCUUCAUAGAAACAACUGUAGCGAGAGAACGCGACCCGCAGAACGAUAUCGGGACGGUGGUGAGGUCCCACGAGGUGCUAAAAGCCCCGCCCCAAGAGAGGUCCAUUGAGGGUGGAGACCACACCCCUACACGUGUCGAGCCUCCUACAUUAAUGCAGCCGCCUGUGAUAGAGCAUCGACCAGCAGACAAACAAGCUGAAUACCUGGAAGAUGAUGAAAUAGAUGGAUUCGAAUCGGGCGCACUAUUAAACUUGACGCCCGCAAGAUCCAGGAACCCUGUCCAGCGGAAUGAAUCUUACUGCAAUGCCGUCAGUCGGAGUCCUGGGUACUAUAGCCCCCUUCGGGAUAAACCUGCCCGUUCCAGUCCCCUAGCAUUCAGGGAGCAGCCUUCCUCAGCGUCUACACCAAGUGGCGCUCGACCACCUCGUGACACAGACAGACCGUUCACCACCGUAGCCAUGCCGACGCCCCCGCUAGAGAAUACAGGAGAGGGGCGUAGUCCGCUCCCGCCGCCGAGGAACGACUCGUUCAGACACACGGUCGUAACCAACCACAAGAUCAAGCAGCACUUUAAUGAAAAGGGUACCAUGCCACCGCCCGCCCCGCUUGCCAAUAGACCAGAAGGGUCCAAUAGACCAGAAGGGUCCAAUGGGUCCACUAGAGACACUCUACCUUCUUAUGACCAGGCUCUGGAGAGACUGCGCAAUUCUCCCGCCGUGACCGAAGGCGCGCCCCAACGAUUCUCUUGGUCGCAGGAAGACAACAAGGAGCGAUCGCGCAACUCCUCUAGCACUGGCGAAAGUUCGCCAAAGCGCUUUUCGUGGUCGCAGGAAGAUAGCAGGGUGCAAAUGCGCAAUUCUCCCGCCGUGACCGAUGGCGCGCCGAACCGCUUCUCUUGGUCGCAGGAAAACAACAAAGAGAGAUCGCGCAACUCCUCAAGCACGAGCGAAAGUUCGCCGAAGCGCUUCUCUUGGUCGCAGGAAAAUAGCAAGGACGUUGUGUUUGCAGGCCCAGAUCUGCCAGCGGAUAACCCUUUCAACAGAGAAGGGUUUGGUCGCCAGUCAAUGUCGGAAAAAAGAGGUCGAGCGGCCGUUGACGCAAAGAAAACUGAAGUGUUCCAGAAAAGAGAGAAGCAGCGGAGGACGAGCGUGCCUGGUGACGAGUCUGUCUUUGAUGGCAAACCUGCACCUCUGAAGAAAGCCCACUCUGAAGGGCAGAUGAAAGUCAACACUCUUCCAGUUAAUGGGUCUAGUUUACCGCGGCUGGCUCCCGACAAUAGACCGAUGUGGAAGUCUAGUUCGGAGGGAAGGAUACGCAACGGCCCGAAUCAAAAUGCUAACAGUACAGGUGAUGUAUCUGGUAGUAAUCCACGAAUCAGCCAAUCAGAGGACGCACAGGAAGAAAUCCCUAUCACCAUGACGAGCAAGGCGGACUUCAACGACGUUCAGCAAAAACUCGCUAACAAGAAACCAUUUUAUAGGAAAUUCAAGCUUGGUAAGAACAAGCGAGGUGACUACAACUUAUCAGACUCCGAAGGAUCCCCGAAGCACUCGGGUUACAGCCAGGAAGCACUCAUUGAUUUCCCCGCUGAGCAGAGGUACCGUCAACUCGUCAACCACUACGGCCAAGAGGACUGGGACCAACGAUCUAGAUCCAGUCGGCAGAGUACAGAUAACGAGAGUAUGCACUCUAGCUCUUCUGCUGGCUUAAAAAUAGGGAGAGUGAUCGUAUCACAGCCUACACGCGUGUAACGCCGUCAGAAAGCGCGCUGGAAAAUAAGAAUGAAUGAAGCUUCAGCCUAACACAGGAAGACCGUUACUUCUUCUGACCCAUGAAGACCGGGACUCAACCUGACACAGGAAGACCGGUAGUCAACCUGACACAGGUAGACCGGUAGUCAAUCUGACACAGGAUAACCAGUAUUCAACCUGACACAGAAAAACUGGUACUUAACCUAACACAGAAAGACUGGUACUUAACCUAACACAAAAAGACCAGUACUCAACCGAACAAAGGAAGACCGGUAGUCAACCUGAUACAGGAAGACUGGUACUCCACCUGACACAGGAAGACCGGUACUCAACCUUACCCAGGAAGACCAGUACUAAACCUGACACAGGAAGACCGGUACUCUACCUGAACCAGGAAGACCGGUACCCAACCUGACCCAGGAAGACAGGUACCCAACCUGACCCAGGAAGUCCAGUACUCAACCUAACAAAGGAAGACCGGUACUCCACCUGACCCAGGAAGACCGGUAGUCAACCUUACAAAGGAAAACCGGUAGUCAAUCUGAUACAGGAAGACCGGUACCCAACCUGACCCAGGAAGACCGGUACCCAACCUGACCCAGGAAGACCGGUACUCAACCUGACCCAGGAAGACCGGUACUCAACCUGACACAGGAAGACCGUUACUCAACCUAACACAGGAAGACCAGUAGUCAACCAAAACGACAUUAACGCAGAACACAUAAAUACAAGCAAUCGUUGAAGAUUUUGUUUUAUUCAAAAGCAUUAAAAACGGUUAGACCACAAUAUAACUAAUAGUUGUGGCAAAUGACUCACACUGUUGUGUGUAAAAGCAACCAUAUUCGUGUAAUUAUCUCCGAUGUAUAAAUUAUGUUAGAAGCGUUGUAUACCAACAGACUCGUGUAUGGGUCGGCUCUAGAUCACAAACACCCUAUAUAUAACCCUAACACUAUUUCUGUGUUCGGUGGUUGCUAUAUAGUAUUCGGCUCUAGAUCACAAACACCCUAUAUAUAACCCUAACACUAUUUCUGUGUUCGGUGAUUGCUAUAUAGUAUUAGGCUCUAGAUCACAAACACCCUAUAUAUAACCCUAACACUAUUUCUGUGUUCGGUGGUUGCUAUAUAGUAUUUCCUUCGUGUUUGAGCCCCAAGCAGCAGCCCAAGGCCUCUCAAUACUCAUACUGCAUUUUUCAUGAAUACCUUGUCGUAAAUAUUAUUUUUAAUCAACACAAAAAGGAAACGAUUAUCGAAUUUAUAAUAAAAUUCUUGAAAAAUUAAAAUAUGUUAAACAGCAAAA